UGAAACAUUCUGCAUCUUCCCUUCAACUUUCCCCACCAGUUCCCUCCAUCUGGUUCACAAGCAUGAGGCCUGAAAACCAGAGCAAGGUGUUUGAAUUCCUCCUGCAGGGGCUCCCCAUAGGGCCAGAGCAGCAGGGCGUGUUCUUUGCUGUGUUCCUGGGCAUGUACCUGACCACGGUGCUCGGGAACCUGCUCAUCAUCCUGCUCAUCAGGCUGGACUCGCGCCUCCACACCCCCAUGUACUUCUUCCUCAGCCACUUGGCCUUCACUGACAUCUCCUUCUCAUCAGUCACUGUCCCGAAGAUGCUGCUGAACAUGCAGACCCGCCAUCUCUCCAUCCCCUAUAAGGGGUGCAUCUCACAGACAUAUUUUUUCAUAUUCUUUGCUGACUUGGAUAGUUUCCUUAUCACUUCCAUGGCCUAUGACAGAUAUGUGGCCAUCUGUCAUCCUCUGCAUUAUACAACCAUCAUGAAGCAGAGCCUUUGUAUCACACUGGUAGCUGGGUCCUGGGUCAUUGCUUAUACAUGUGCUCUUUUGCAUACGCUCCUGCUGGCCCGGCUUUCCUUCUGUGUUGACCAUGUCAUCCCCCACUUCUUCUGUGACCUUGGAGUACUGCUCAAGUUGUCUUGCUCAGACACUUCCCUCAACCAACUGGUCAUUUUCACUGCAGGAUUGACAGCCAUUAUGCUUCCAUUCCUAUGCAUUCUGCUUUCUUAUGUUCGUAUUGGGGUCACCAUCCUCCGGGUGCCCUCUACCAAGGGCAUCUGUAAAGCCUUGUCCACCUGUGGAUCCCACCUCUCAGUGGUGACUCUCUAUUACGGCACUAUUACUGGUCUCUAUUUUGUUCCCUCAUCUGGCAACGCCAAUGACAACAACAUAUUGGCUUCAGUGAUAUAUACAGUUGUCACACCCAUGUUGAACCCCUUUAUUUAUAGCCUGAGAAAUAAAGACAUGAAAGGAGCCUUAAGAAAACUCUGUAGAAAUAAAGCACAUCAUUCCAAAUGA